AUGUUCAUUCCUGAGACCAGAGAGCUAGUUGGUAUUCGCAAAGUUGAGCCAGUCAGCUUUAUUUUGCUGCCUGUGCUGAGUGAAACUGCCAACCUGUGGAACCUUCGGAGCACGGAGUAUGUCACCGAGGUCAUGAAAGAGAGCGAAGUGGAGGAAUCCAGCGAAUUGUCUGUGCUCAAUGGUGACAAGGUGAAAAAAGAAAGGCUUAUUCUUAUUGGCGACAUCCAUGGGCAGUACAAGGAGUUCAAGAAGUUGCUCAGAAAGGUGAAGUACAACAAGAAGAGAGACCAACUACUCGUCUUGGGCGACUUCAUCACGAAGGGCCCUCACUCACUCAAGGUGCUCCAGUACCUCAUUGACAACGACAUUUCUUGUAUCAUGGGAAACCACGAGUACUACGUUCUUCAAAAUUACGCCAAGUAUCACGGCCUACCCCAACCACACUUUGUCAAUGGCACGAGCCUUCCGUUCAACGCUUUUGGUAGCUUCAAUGAUGACCCUGAGUUCUUGCUUGCCAAGAAACUACGCCCCAAGCAUGUGGAGUACAUCAACAAUUGCCCAGUGAUGAGGGAGCUCGGGAACGUGCCAUUGCAUUCCAAGAAAAACCUGGGUAAGACUGGCCAUGCAGAAGGCGUCGCUGUUCAUGCUGGUCUCAAGUGGGAUGCUCUUGAGGAUCUUAAUGAACAGGAUCCUGAAGACUGUCUCGAAAUGCGUUCCUACCUCGCGCCGUUCUACAACGAAACCACCGAUAACCCAGAUGACAAGAACGCAGUGUCUUGGUCCAAGAUAUGGAAUCAGAAACAGAAGGACGGAGAGUUAGACCGCUCAAUAGUAGUAUACUAUGGGCAUGAUGCUGGUAGAGGGCUCAAGCUCAAGAAGUAUUCCAAAGGCCUUGACUCUGGGUGCUACAAAGGCGACAAGUUGAGUGCCAUGGUCAUUUGGCAGGAGCAGGUGAAGCACAAGGUGAUGUACAAGGAGGCUCUCGUGCAGCAAAGGUGUUGA